AGUGCUGUUGCUGCAGAAAACGAAAUUAAUAAAAACCCUUCCUUCCCCGACUGCGCCGCAAACCCCCCGACUUCACCACCGCCAACCAAGGACCUCUCCAGCCCGCCGAGGUCUCCGUAUCCUCACACAGCUCGCGGCCCCUCUCUGUCCCUGUCGGCAUCAAUGGCGAAGAAGAGAAGCAGGCUGCAGAAUCCGGAACCAUUCCACCCGGAGGAGAAUGCCUCCGUCGCUUCCUCGAAGAAGCGUUCCAAAGCUCCCAGGAGCCACCAGCAACAAGAGAAGACGAUAGCUUCCGGGAUAAGCUCGAAGAUUCUCAAAGAGGCUCUGAUUCAGCAGAGGGAGAUUGAAGAGGAAGCUCAGGAAAGAAAUCCUACCAGAGAGGCGUUUGCUGACAUAGCCAAGCACGGCGGAGGAGAAGUGGAAGACGAAGAUGGCGAUAUUGAUGAUUUCGCGGGCUUUUCUGAGACUCAAAGUCGCUAUGAUGAUUUUGAGGGGGAGAUUGAUGAGGAAGAUGAGAGAAUAUUGGAGGCUUUCUUAUCAAAGGGUCCUAGUAAGGAGCCUACACUUACAGAUAUCAUUGUUAAGAAGAUCAAGGAGAACGAUGCACAAGUUUCUUCAGAAUCGCGGCCUUUACCCAAAAUGGACAGCUCGGUGAUAGAUUUGUACAAAGGGGUUGGUGAGUUCAUGAGUAAAUACACAGCUGGCAAAGUUCCUAAAGCAUUCAGAAAGAUCACUGCAAUGCAACACUGGGAAGAUGUCUUGUACCUUACUGAACCUGAGAAAUGGUCCCCAAAUGGGAUGUAUCAAGCUACAAGGAUCUUGGCGUCGAACUUGGGUUCGAAGAAGGCUGAGCGGUUUUAUAGACUAGUUUUGCUUCCUCGAGUUAGGGAUGACAUUAAGAAGAAUAAGAGAUUGCAUUUUGCUCUUUAUCAGGCGUUGAAAAAGGCUAUUUUCAAACCUGCGGCAUUUAACAAGGGAAUAUUGUUUCCAUUGUGCAAGUCAGGAACAUGCAAUCUUAGAGAAGCAGUCAUUGUUGGAAGUGUUAUUCAAAAGGUCACCAUUCCUAUGCUUCAUUCCAGUGUUGCCUUGCUGAAGCUUGCAGAAAUGGAGUACUGCGGCACAACAAGUUAUUUCAUCAAGCUUCUUUUGGAAAAGAAAUACGCGCUGCCGUAUCGUGUUAUUGAUGCACUUGUUGCUCAUUACAUGAGAUUUAUGGAGGAUUCAAGGAUCAUGCCUGUAAUUUGGCACCAAUCACUACUGGCAUUUGUUCAAAGGUACAAGAAUGAACUCCAAAAGGAAGAUAAAGUGAACCUUAGAACCUUAGUCGGAAGACAAAGGCACUAUCUGGUGACUCCUGAAAUUGUUAGAGAACUAGACAACAGCAGGAAUCGUGGUGAAAAGGAGGAUGAUCUUAUGGCAAUACCAUCUGUUUCUGUAAUCAACAAGACAAUCGAGGAAGACAGGUUUGAUAUACCAGAAGUUCCUAUGGAGGAGGACUAAGGCCGCGGUUGCUUGACAGUUCUUUAAACUAAGUUUUCCCCUCGAAUCGCUAGGGCUUUCUACUACUUCGUGGAAGUAAGGUGCCGGCUGGCUACCACCGAUGAAUAGUUCUCUGGAGAAGACUAAAUUUUGAUUCUUGAGCUCAGUUAUUAAUUAGAUUUAGGCGGGUUGGGUGAGAAACAAGAACACCUUGUAUCUUGUGUGAUUUUUACAGCUUUUUAUCGUGGGAGGGAUGUCUAUCUCAUGCGAAGGAAUCACUAUUGGCCAACUAGUUUGAAAUAUAUAUGGUUUGUAAGGAAGUGGUUAAGUAUUAUACAUAAGUUUUUUCUAACAAUUCGAGUUAUUGGGAUCAGUUCGUUUAUGAUAUGGUAUUAAUAUAGAGCUGAUUUGUCCAUGAGGUCAUGUGUUUAAGUCCUCACGAUUCUUAGUAUUAAUCGUUGUCUUUAAG